AUGUACAACCCCAAUCUGGAAUGGAACAACGAACUCUCGUAUGAAGCUUGCUAUGACCUAGUGGGUAUAGAGCCCAAUAAUAUCUACGUAAGGUUGGACGGCCAAAGGAAGUUCUCUGGUGAAGAACGCAACUGGCCGCUCAGCAAGAAAGUGCGACUGGCGCUCAGAGCUGGAGGUGGAAAAGAUAAAGUGAACGCUCUCGCUCCAGAAACGAUAUAUGGAUGCAAUGGCUUGUUCGAAGGUGACAUCCUGAAAGAAUGGAACAACGAACUCUCGUAUGAAGCUUGCUAUGACCUAGUGGGUAUAGAGCCCAAUAAUAUCUACGUAAGGUUGGACGGCCAAAGGAAGUUCUCUGGUGAAGAACGCAACUGGCCGCUCAGCAAGAAAGUGCGACUGGCGCUCAGAGCUGGAGGUGGAAAAGAUAAAGUGAACGCUCUCGCUCCAGAAACGAUAUAUGGAUGCAAUGGCUUGUUCGAAGGUGACAUCCUGAAAGUCCUGUGCCUCUACAGGGCGUUAAGACAUUCGCGGAACAUGUGCAUCAGGGAAUAA